AUGCCCGCAGUUUUGGGCGAAAUUAUUGAGCGUAAACCAACUACCUUAUCCGAAUCUAAUGCGAACCCUACAUCAUAUAAUAAUCGAUUUGCCGACGUCCCUUCUGGCUUUCCCAAAGCCACUCAUCGCUCUGAAAGCGCCUUUGCGCGAGCGCGAGCAGCACAAGGCCACGCACGAUCCAACGCGCCUCCAAUCGUCUCUUCAACUCGAAUGAAACCUCUUCAGAAUAUUGAUAUGUCGCACACGAAAUCGGAGAGCUCGAAGAUGGACGAUGCAGCGUUGCGAGAGGAGAUAUCGCGGGAGAAUGAGAACAAGAUUGAGGGGAUGAGUGAAGAACAGAGGAUAAAGGAACGAGAGGAGAUUAUUUCGCAGUUUGGGCCGGGUAUUGUUGAUCUAGUGGCCAAGAUGAGAGAGCGAAGAGGAUUGGAAAGCAAUGCGGAGCAUGAACGUCCCAAAAGUGCCAUGGCGCACUCGCGGAGUAGUACCGCUGAAUCGACGCCCUCUACCAAAGCCGCACGACGGCUUCGGUUUGCAAACGAGCCUGCUCAAGUCUACGUAUACGAAUCGGAGCCCUCUUCGCCAAAGAAGCGUGCACUGGCGCUCCCUCCUCCACCUGGUCCAGGCGAGUCGUCUGAAGGCAUUGUCUCGCUUGGUACAUGGAAGGGCAAGAUGAAGCCAGAGGCAGCAGAAGAGCAACCUCCCAGACCUGAUGAGGGGGAUCCCGAGAUCAUUCGGGAGAAAUACUUUCCAACUGAACCACCGCCAUCAGAAAACCCAAGCCUGGCGUGGAUGUUGCCUUCGAAAGAAGAGGCUUCACAGUCGGAGAAGGGAUCUGCAGAAGUUCGAUAUGAUCUCCAAGGCCGAGUUAUACCAAAGCAUCUCACUCACACUCUUCCAUCUCAUCUCGGACUCCAUCACCACGGAGACUCUCCCGAGCAUGCGGGAUACACGCUCGACGAGAUUUUGAUGCUCUCUCGCUCGACAUUACCAGCACAGCGAGCGACAAUGCUGCUUGUACUUGGAAAGAUUGUUCGUCGAUUCCGUGACGGACAAGCAUCGAAAGAGGAAAUCGAGAAAGUCGCCGAUAUUACCCAAAAAUGCCUCAUCGUCGCGAUCGAGGCAUUUGGUGAUCACGCUUCGACGCACGUACGCAUCGCGGGUUUGGAUGUGUUGUGGCACGCGCUCGCGUAUGCUCCUGGAGGAGAAGUAGGCGGAAUGAUCGUCGGUACGACUCAACUGGACACACUACCACUCAGCUACUUCUUCGAAGGCGCGCUAUACAACCUUACCCGAACUACCGUCUCGUUGACCUCACUCGGAAGGAUCCUGGAGGUUCUCCUGGCACUCAUCAACAUCAAUACAAAGUUGGUGGACGAUAUCAUUGGCAUGGAAGGUAUUCUGAACGGGGCUGUUCGAAGUUGCGACUCUCUUCGUUUGGAAGAGACGGUUCAUGGGGACGCCGCUAUGUCGAUAGAGAUGACUCUUCUCCGACUAAUGAGGAGAAUCGCACAAACUUCGCGACGAUCCGCACAAGCCCUCAUUCCAGACGUCUCUGAUGCUUUUCUCAAGACGCUUCUUUCCGUCCCAGAAGCGCCAGACGAAAGCAGAGACGGGCCCUACAUCGGAGUAUGCACACAGGCUCUCAAUUUCUACGCCGAUUUGGGGCGCUACGGUCUUGGGUCGGCCAUAGCAUCCAAUGGGCAUGAAGUCUUUCAGCGUCUACACGGCAUUGUGACCGGGAACAUAGCGCUGGAGAGCGAAGUUGGGACGCAUUUGGUGACCUCGUGGUUACAUCUGCACGAGGUGUGGAUUGCAUGUGCAUUCAAUCCACACAAUACGACGCCGGAGCACGACUUGCUUUGGUCCCAGCUUACUGCAUGGGGCUGGGGGGAUGGACUCCUCGCGCUGCGAACGCGGAUGGUUCAGACCCACAGUGCAUCUCGAACCAUCUGGGCUGCAUGGUGGAGAUGCUGGACAAUGUGGAUCAGAACCGCAAAAGUCAACGAAGCGGAUCGCGGAGAAGGAGAUGUUCGUAGAUGGAGAAGCCAACCAUCUACACCCUGGGCGAGAAAUGGUGCCGAAUGGUCCCUAGUUGAUGCAGCGAUCACCGAGCUGCAAUCAGCGGACACGGCCUCGAAGAGCUACAUCGAAUCAGCACUCGUGCUUCAUGGCGCAAUACUUCUCUGGAUGGAAUGCCAGGACGAGGCUUUCCCUUGGCCGACAGGGUCCUUGAUGCAAGCGAUGCAAGCAAUCACUACAUCACCCCUGUGGACAUCUACGACGGCGGCUCCCUACGAUUCGCGGCUCCUAAAUAAUCUGUGCACGUCCAUCAUCCGCUAUCAGGAGCAGCACUCUCAGAACAAUGACUCGACCAAACUUGUGGAUGCUCGAUACUCAACUCUGCAACAUUUACAGCCGGGAGAUGAGAUGCUAGGAUCAGAGUUGAUCUCGGGCAUCCUCAAACGUACAUUUGUUCCGGAUAGGAUGGAGGGCACGGACGAGUUUUGGGCUGCAGCAGGUGGUCCAGAAAAGGUUCUCCUCCCACUUUAUCAAUACGCUCUGUGGCCAAAGGAAGAAUUCUUCAUCGCACCACUCGUUCCUCAUCCUACUGCACUAAAGAUGACGACGACCCUCUUAUCAUCUGCCGGGGCAGCCAAAACACCAUCUGGUGGAAGGACGGGUAUCGAGUUGCCACAGAGCGAGCCUGGAGACUGGAUGGAUGCUCCUCUUGAUGUCCUCUUACGCUCCGGCUCGACUCAUUCGAGAUUAUUUAGGACACUACCGCAAGACUGGACGGCGUCUGAGACCGAGGUGGUUCAACGACUCCUCAUGUUGCUCGUGCAUCGGAGGGUACCACUUUCUCGAUCGAGGAUCAUUUUUAUCUGCAUGAAGGUGUUCAUGCUCGAGCAUGGCCAGUCGAGCGACAGUGGUGGAGAAGUAUACCGCGAUUCGUUGAUCGUGCGGAUGCUGUCAGAUCUCUUACGGCCCCUACGCCUUUCAAAUUCUCAGCAGAGUGCCCUUGUCGGCAGUGCCGAUUCGUCACUAGAAACAGUCGCGGCUGCAUUCUUGGGGCCCGACCAGCCCUUUUUCCAAUUCUACUCUGACUUUCUUGGCCUAUACGAUAGCAACUCGUUUGGACAUGAACUCUUUGGUACCCUUCUCCUCCCACCGACCUCGGGUCGCUACGCACGCGACUAUCGCAAACUCCUCUGGAUUGAUUAUGGCCAUACACUUCGUAGCAUUCGAGUCGAGGUGAAUAACGCGCUGUGCGCCUCGACGGAACUCAAAGAUUGGCUGUGGCCUGUCGAGGGUAUUCAAGAUGGCGAGAUGCUCGGUGGUUUCCUCAAAGCCAUCCUCAAGGGCAAUCUCUCUGGAUUCUUACGAUUUGUCGCUGUUCACCAGAUUGCGGCGUGUUUAUGGCCUGACAUGGUAGAGACGAAGAAUGGGAACAAGAGGAACGAAAACGUCCUGCGAGCGUUAAUCGCGAGUGGAGAUGAGCAGACGCUUGGAGAAAUCCUCUUCUAUCACCAAUUGGACGCUCAAUGCGCGACACCAUGGAUCCCACCAGCCUGCUACAAAGCACCCGUUGACAUGGUCUCGAAAAGAUUGGAUUGGAUCAAAGCCGUCGCAGGGGAGGUUGCUCUCAAGCGUUUCCCGCGUAAAGUUUAA